UCGUGCGAGGUUCUCAAUAAUUGCGUCCUGAUUGCCGUGCUCGUCAAUGUACUCGAGCUGGGAAGUUGCAGACGGUGGCCGAUCUUUAAGAAAAUUAAGGCUUUGACGUUCAACACGGGGUUGAUCGGUGUGGUGGAAAUGAAGAACCCGGGCCACGAGACUAGUCGAGCCGAUAGGCGGGCGGCAAUCAUUGACGCCAUUCGGGUUGAGGAGGCCGACAUCGUAUGCUUGCAGGAGGUCAUGAUUGGAAAAGAUGUCGAGGCGAUUGUGACUGGUCUACUGGACAUCUACCCGCAUUCUCACAGUAGCCUGCAUCUCUUCGACGGCACACUUCCGUCACAGAAGGCGACGCCUAUCGUCCCACCAUGCCCAAACCAGCAAACAACCGCUUUACUCGACUGCGUUAUAGCCAAGGGCUGUAUUGGAAAUCUAACGGGCGCCUUCGGGGAGUUCGAGGGACUAAUGGAUUGCGUGUUCGCUGGAUGCCUCUCGAUUUUCCAGGCGGUCGCGUUGAUUGGUGGUGAGAAGUGCGUGGGCUGCAUAUUCAUCCAGAUACAGGACCCCAGCAACAUCGUACCAAAAUGCGCCCCCUCGACACUUACAAGUCCACUCGGAACCAUGAACACCAACGGACUGCUGAUGUUGUCAAAACAUAGGUUUACCACCAGACGGACCAUUGACUUCUACCCGAACACAAUGGAGCUGUUUGUUCGCGGGUAUUUAGAAGCAAAGGUUGAAGACCAAGUCACAGCCGUGUGCACACACCCAACUCCUUACGUCCCCGGAACCAAUCCCGAACCGGUUAUGCGGAAUUUCUUCAACACAUCCAUCGAGCAAAAUGCCUACGAGAUCUUUCAGCUCAUCACGCAGUUCCGCGACGUCAAGCCGGCGAUAUUGAUGGGGGAUUUCAACGUUCACGGUCGCCCAACACCGGAAGGCAGCGGUUAUGACCAGUUCCUUCGAAUCACCUCUGUGUUUAACACUGAUGUUUCGGACGAAUGCUCCUACUGUGGGUCUUCUGGUAAUGUCUACAACGGCAAUUCGUCCGACAAGGUCAUUGAUUUUGUGUUCGGAAAUGGGUUGUGGAUCUUCAACACUAAGCGCGUUUUCAACCCCGACAGAGUAUCCAUAACGCACAAAGGUCAGGAUGUACCACUCAGCGAUCACUAUGGAAUCACUGGGGAAUUAUUUGUCUUGCCGAGCGGGUUUUAACUGGUCAUUAAAGAAACCUGUCAGUAUAGUUAUAAAAUAUGUUUUCAUAACACGGAUUCUCAUGGAUGUAAUACACCGGAUUAAAAUUAAAAGAAAAAAAAACGAUUUUUUCCAUUUGAAUCGUGUAUGCGCGAAAGCUCUUCAGGCAAUCGGCGAUCAUUUGUGUAUGUAUUCCGUUUUGCGACGUAAUAAAAACAUUGAAUGCAAAAGAA